AUGACGACUGCGACGACGCCCAGCUCCCCCCUCGCCGCUGAGCGCGCUCGAGAACGCAAUGUCUUCUCUUACUAUCCCCAGUCGCUGGACAUUGUCGACCUGCGUCCGCGCCUCGAAAGUGCCCCCAAGCGCCUGCCCCCUGAAGGCCAUGAACCGCGCCCGUCCAAGGAUGCUGCUCUCGUUGCCUUCGCCCAGCUUGGCACCCAUCGUCUCGCAGCCUCGCGCGCCUUCAUCUCGCUGAUCGACAGCCAAUCGCAGAUCAUCCUCGCCGAGGCCACCAAGACCGUGUCUUUGGGCAACACGUCCAUCCGUGCCGCAGAAGACCCUCUCUGGCUGGGCAGUGCCAUCAUCCCCCGCACCUUUGGCGCCUGCGAAUGCACCCUGGAAGCCGACCACCUUGUUGUCAAUGACCUGCACCAGGACGAUCGCUUUCACGGUCGCCCUUUCGUCGGAGCCGCGCCCAAUCUUCGAUUCUAUGCAGGCGUGCCGCUGAGGACCCCCCAAGGCAUCCCCAUUGGCGUCUAUUGCGUCGUCGACGACCAGCCACGUGACGGCCUCGAUGACCAGGGCCUGUUUUUCAUGCAGGAUGUCGCUGCCACCGUUGUCUCGUAUCUCAGCGCCGUUCAAGCCUUCGACGCCAAUCGCAAGGCAGAGCAGAUGAUUCGCGGCCUGACCUCGUUUGUCACCGGUGCUGCCGAUAUCCAGCGUAGCGAUGAACUUGACGUUCCGCGAAAGGCCCAGCGACCCUCUGCCCCUUCACCUGCCCACUCCCCCCAUCAACAUCCUGAGCCUAAGGAAGCUUCUCCAACCACACCACGAGGCACCCAAGAUGACCGUGACGAUGAUGACGACGACGCUGACACUGCUUUGCCGCACGAUGACCUUCUUUCGCCUGGGACAAAGCGCAUGUUCUCUCGCGCUGCCAACAUUAUGCGAGAAUCUAGCGAUCUCAACGGCGUCAUCUUCUUUGACGCUUCCGUGGCCAAUUCUUCCCCAUCAGCAGAGGGCCCGUCCUCACCGUCAACCGAGGAGAGCGACGAUGCCUCUGCUCACCACCAUGUCGAUGAGUCUUCCGGAUCAACUGCCUCAUCCUAUGCCGAUUCCCGUCAUCCUACCUGUAGGAUCCUUGGCUUCGCUGAUGCAGGUCGCUCGAGCAGACAUGGAGCUGUGGCCCGAAAAGAUUAUCUGGGCUUGACUGAGGACUCUCUCCGCCGCCUACUCAAACGACACCCUCACGGCAAGAUUUUCAACAUUGAAAGGCAGUCAACGGACAAUAUACCAAUGAAGCAGACAAGGAAAGGGAGGGCGCGGCGCAGUACGGCUGUAGAAGCCAUUGUCGAUGUUGCGCACAACGCCCGGAGUGCCGCAAUUAUACCCCUCUGGGAUUACGAGCGACAACGCUGGUUUGCUGGAUGCCUUUGCUGGUCUUCGAAACCGAACCGCCAAUUGUCGUACGGAUCCGACCUGCUCUACCUCCGCGCAUUUGGUCACAGCAUCAUGGCCGAGCUGGGCAGGAUAGACUCUAUCGCCCUCGACAAAGCGAAGACGUCAUUCAUCGAAUCAAUGUCACAUGAGCUUCGAUCUCCGCUCCACGGCAUUCUUGGUGGGGUUGAGUAUCUACUGGAAAUGCACCUCGAUACUUUCCAAACUAGCAUCGUCAACUCGAUAGCUAUGUGCGGUCGAACACUGCUAGACACCGUCCAGAACGUACUCGAAUACUCGAAAAUCAACGAGUUUACAGGCCCGUAUGCAAAGUCUUCGAAGUCUGAAAGCUUAAAACCGGUCCGACCGUCCCACGCCCCGCCAAGCACCGCCCCUUCCGUCAACAUCUGCCGUUUAACCGAAGAGACUGUUGAAGCCGUAUUUGCCGGACAAUCGUACAACAUGGCAUCACAUCCUUCGGCCACCGAUGAUAAUGAUUCCUUCCUUUCAAGUGGCCCCAGUCCAUCAUCGCAGUCCCAGUCAAGGCCAGAGCUAUAUCCACGAAAAGCGAUACGCUUGAUACUCGACCUUCCAGUUCGCCCUUGUUGGACUUUCGCGAUACAGCCGGCAAUUUGGCGGCGGAUACUUAUGAACGUAUUUGGCAAUGCACUAAGAUUUACGGAUGCCGGAUUUGUACGGGUAUCGUUGGCAGCUCAAGACGUGAACGAUCAGGAAAGCGAGAUCACCUUGACCAUUGUAGAUUCUGGUUCCGGAAUGUCAUCCAAUUACAUCAAGGACGGCUUGUUCAAGCCCUUUUCCCAGGAGGAUCCCUUCUCACCCGGCACCGGCCUGGGAAUGAGCAUCGUGCAGCGCUUGGUCAACAAUUUGGGAGGAGAGGUGUCUGUGGAGAGCAGGGUUGGUGUCGGCACUACAAUCAAAAUCCACGUGGUCUUAUCCAGGCGCGAAGACUCGACGGACAGUAUUACCUCCAGGGUUUUCUCUCGGACCAAUGGUAUGCGCGUUGCUGUCGCGGGACCCAUGAUCCCCGAAGACGAUCCAAACCACGCGCUCGCUUGCCAGAGCGAGUUUCAAUUCCACGGCUCCCUGACGGAUUCCCUGAAAGCUUGGUUCGGCAUCGACGUCGUUCCUUUGGAUGACAUCAACGCCGACAGCAGCCAAAUGAUCAUGUAUCCUUGGCCCAGCUUCAAUCUGAUGUUCAAGCCGAGGUCUCGAAAAGGUGUAUCAAUGGUGGUGGCCAUGGAUGGCAUGGAGGCUUCGACAUUAAGAGCUGACGAAAGGGUUACAAGCCAAUGGAUCGACGUGGUCACGCAGCCUUGCGGACCAUCGAAACUUACAAAAAUCUUCGAGCGAUAUCUGUCUCUCCUCAACUCCAAUUCAGAAGCUCCAACCCAGAGGGAAAACAAAAGCUCGCCACUACAUGAGACAGCACCGUACGCUCCGAUCAUCCGCUCACCGUUUUCACGACAACAGGCCCUCGAAGAAGACGCUAGGAGCUCCAAAGAGGGCGCACCUUCUCCUACCCCAGCUCCGGCCGAAAGCCGAAUUCCCGAACUAGAACUUCCUCCCACAUCAGUAUCUACUGAGACAACCAACUCUACUCCCAGUGCUCAUACGGUUGCCGAGACAGCUCCAUCUCAAACCUCACAUCCGCAUCAACCCCAUACAGAUCGGCGCGAAUCUCGAGCCAAAGCGGACGAAACAACCACUCCCACUGCUCCACCACGUUCGGGCAACGAAAUACUUAUCGUCGACGAUAAUGCCCUCAACCUCCGCCUGCUCUCCGCUUUCUUGAACAAGGCUGGAUUCAAGAACCAUACAUCAGCUGCAAAUGGGCUCGAAGCGGUCAAUCUGUAUAAGAAAGACCCAUCGCGUUGGGCAGCCGUGUUGAUGGACUUGAGCAUGCCGGUUAUGGAUGGCGUGACAGCGACAAGAGAGAUCAGAGCAUGGGAGAAAAGGAACGGGAUUGGUGACGAGGGUGGAAAUGGAAAAGGCGACAAGGCUGACUUGGAAAGGCGAGGUCUAAAGAGGGUAUCCACGAAUGGGUACGUCGAAGACACGCCACCAAGACGGAGGGGAGGUGAUGAGGAAUCUGCAAAGAAAGAAAAGGAGCAGGAGCAUGCAGGUGAACAUCCUGCACCACCUGCUGCUCCUCCACCUGAGUCAUCUGGGCCAAGCAUCGAAGAGUUGAAGAGGGAGGGGGAGAGCGCCAACGAGCAGGCUGAGGAGAACAGCCUCAGCGAAUCAGCACCUCGGCAGCAAGUGCCGUCGCCUUCGACAUCGCAGUCAGCAGCAGAAAAGACGUCUCCCACUGAAGACAAGAAACAACCUGAAAAGUCGUCGGUUCCAUCAUCCUCUUCUUCAUCCACGUCAAACAGUCCCCAAGCCGCCGCCGACAGUACGAAUAAUGGCAAAGAAGCCGUCCAUAUCAUCGUCAUCACCGGCCUUGGGAGCGCCGCCGCACGCUACGAGGCAACCAGCGCCGGUGCUGACGUCUUCAUGACGAAGCCGAUUCAAUUCGGCGCAUUGAUGAAGACGCUGAAGGGCAGGUUCGGGAAGCAGGACGAGGCCGGUAAAGGUACCAAGAGCUGA